ACAAAGGGGUGCAGAGAGCGCGCGCCCAGGGGAGCACAUCUCCUCUGGGCUAAAACUCACCAUCCCUCGAGGAUGGUUUCAAGGUGGCCAGUCCCUGAGCCACAGCAGCAGCCCGCGUGGGAAGGGGCUGUUGUUUCGCGCACCAGCCCCUGGUAAUUUGGCGAUCACGGCUCGGGCCAGGGGAGAGCGGAGGAGUUUUGCCCCCCGGCUGCAAGGAGGCAAGGCGGCGGGAUCUGCCCACCCUGCGGGGCUGGUCCCUGGGGAGCGAUCGCGUUGCAAUGUGACUCCAUGAAACUGACACGGGCUGUAGCGCCAUCAGCAAAGGGAGGAGCGCGGGGAGGGGGUCCUGGCCAGAGCCCAGCGUGAGCAGCCUCCAGCAGCGGCUGCGGCGGCGUCUCUCCAGGAGCCGAGCCCCAGCCCAGCCUGGCCGCAGCGCCCCCGCUCCCCGGCAGAAGGCAUGGAGGAUGGUCAGGAGAUGUCCCCCUCCUCAACCAAUUCCUCCGAGGGGCUCAGCCCGGCCCUGCCGCUCACCAAAGGGAUGUCGAUCUUCCUCGAUAUAUUGAGAAGAGCAGACAAAAAUGAUGAUGGCAAACUGUCUUUUGAGGAAUUCAAAGCCUACUUUGCUGAUGGAGUUCUGAGUGGAGAAGAAUUGCAUGAGCUUUUUAACACCAUUGAUACACACAAUACUGACAACCUUGACACAGAAGAACUCUGUGAAUAUUUUUCUCGGCAUUUGGGAGAGUAUGAAAAUGUGCUGUCUGCCUUAGAAGACCUAAAUGUUUCUAUACUGAAGGCAAUGGACAAAACAAAGAAAGACUAUCAAAAGGCCUCUAACUUGGAACAGUUUGUGACUCGUUUCUUACUGAAAGAAACAUUGAAUCAGCUGCAGUCUCUCCAGAACUCCCUGGAUUGUGCCAUGGAAACCACAGAGGAGCAAACUCGUCAAGAAAGACAAGGACCAGCAAAACCGGAGGUGCUCUCAAUUCAGUGGCCAGGAAAACGUUCAAAUCGAAGAUUUCAGAGGACCAAUAGCUUAUCACCAAACAGUCCCCAUUUAAAUACAGGUUUCUUAGAGGAAGACAACCAAUGGAUGACCCAGAUAAACAGACUCCAGAAGCUGAUUGACAAGCUGGAAAAGAAGAAUCUAAAACUUGAGCCACUGGAAGAAGAGGUUUUGGAAGGAAACACAAAAUCCCACAUAAUGAUUGUUCAGCGUCAAAUGUCUGUGCUAGAGGAAGAACUAGAAGAAUUCCGACUCGCUCUGAAACAGUAUGUGGAAUCUGCUUCUACUCGGACUGGAUGUUUGCAUGUUUCCAUACAGAAGCUUUCAAGCGAAUGCCGCUUCAUCAUUUAUGAGUUCUGGGAGAACAGCAGUGCCUGGAAUAGUCAUCUCCAGAUGAAUUACAGCAAGACAUUCCAAAGGAGUAAUGUGGACUUCUUGGAAACUCCAGAACUCAUGACAACUAUGCAAGUACCUGCUUCAUGGUGGGUCUUGAACAACAACUAGAAGCUUUCAUUGUGGGUCCAAGUAAUGGUAAAUGUUAUAUUUGCAUUCAAACAACAUCCAUACACCAGUCGACAGGUGCUACAGCUAAUGAACUGUGAUGUAACAUUGUUUAUCACAGGCUCAAUCUUUUCCAUUUUAAAAUAUGGAAAAAUUAUGUAUGCUUUAUAUUCUCUCCUUGUGACUAUUUUGGUGAAACAUUUUUUACAAGCUUACAUAAGGACACUUGUGGCCCUGCUAAAUUGCUAGAUGCGUGUGCGUGUGUGCUCAAACCAGCCAAAUUAUUGUACAGAAAUGUGUCUCAGAGAAAUGGUCAGUGUAUGUGAGUGUUAAGUACUUGUUUUGACUGGUUUUAUCUUUAUGUUAAAUAAAUAGUUACUCCAA